AGAGGGAAAUCUCAGCCCUUGUGUGAAGGAGACUGCACCACUCACAUCUCAAGUGCAUCUGAACACUGACCCAGAAUCUCCUCCCUCCGUCCCUGCCUGCAAUGGACUGCCUGCAAUGGACUCCCUGCCGUGGUGUGGCUCUCUGGCUGGCUGCUCUGCUUCUCAGCUCUAACCUGGAAGUAUCCCUUGGAAACCAUGCACUCGACUGCUGUUUGACGGUUAACCCUAAACCAAUUCCAAAAGCAAUUGUCUCCAGUUACCGUGAGCAACUGAAAGAUGAUGGAUGCUCAAUCAAUGCCAUUGUGUUCCAAACCAAGAGAGGCAUACAUCUGUGUGCUCCACCUCAAGAUGACUGGGCCAAGGAACUGAAGGUUUUUUUGGAUGUAAGAUCGAAGAGAUGCCUUAAGAACAAGAAGAAACAUUGUCAACGCAUGAAACCCAAGUCUGCUUGAGAGAACGCACAUGCCUGCAAGCAGAGGGUAAUACUAGAGGUUAAUACUCUAGGGAUUAUGGCAGCUAUACAACUAAAUGAUCAACUCCUCUGUGACUGAGGUCCGUAACCUCAGUGCUAUCAUGGACAAGCUCUUGAGGCCUAGAUUAAUAACAUCACCAAAAUUCACUCCUUCCACAUUAAAAAUACCACCAGACUGUGUCCCUCACUCCCUGAUUCUGUUACUGAAACUCUAAUUCAUGCUUUAAUUACAUCCAGACUGGAUUACUGCAACUCAGAGUUCAGGUCUGGCUCCCUGCUAGUCUACUCAAGAUAUGUGCAGAAUUUGGCAGAAAGAAUUCUCACUCACACCAGAUCACGGGAAUACACAAGCACCAAGUUAGAAAACCAAUACUGGAUCCUGGUUAAUUAUUGCACACAGUGUAAAAUCUUACUCCUGGUUUUUAAAUCUUUACACGGUUUAGCUCCUGAUACCCUUUCUGCUCUGUCAUCCAGACACAAUCCCUCAUGCUGGCUCUGGUCUGCCGAUGCUCAUUUGCUCGCUGUUCCACCUGUCAAAUGACACAUUUGUUGUGAUGGAGCUUUUAGUGUUGCAGCCCAAAGCUGUGGAACUCCUUCCCCUCACGUCUCCAUCUCUGCCCAUCACUGUCCACCUUCAAAAAGCUUUAAAAAUGAUUCUCUUUUAGACCGCUUUUCUUCUUAUUGCCUCGUGGCUUUUUAUUUCAUCAUAGUUGUGUUUUGUCCCGCCAUUCUCUUACUGUAACACCUACUAUGUCUGUAAUUUGGUUUUCCUUUAUUUCCUGAUGGCAUUGUAAUUUUAUUAUUCUUGUGUUUUACUGUGUUAUUCUCUUCUCAUAACUCCUGUCAUGUUUUCAUUUUCUCUCAUAUGUAAAGUUUCCUUGAGUCUUUUCUUUAGUGAUAUGCUUUUAAAAAUGUUUUGUGCUCUGCUAAAAUGUAUUUAAUAUUUCAUUACAUUUAAAAUUUAUAUACUACAAACCAACAUUUUUUAACUAGACCACUUUGAUAUACCAUUCAGUUUUCAUGAUUUAAAAUGUUUUGUUUUCAUCCCAAAGGUCUCCUGUUACUAUUGUUUUUUGUGACGUAAAAUUAUGCAAAUUAGUAAAUGAUUAAAUUAAAGGGCAGAUCACAGUU